CCUCAGUACCCUUCAAACACUCGCAUUCGUUUAUAUCCGGGAUAUUUCGACUCCCAUCGGAUUAUCGAGGUCGCUACACCAGGAAAGUCAGUGGCUCAAUCGUAGUUUGGUUUCCGUUAUCAGAAUGCGUCGGGCUUUCAGAGGGCGCCACCAGCGACAGCCUUUGCUGGGAGAAACGUAGAUGCACUAGUUUAUCUCUUCUGAAAGUGAUACUGUUCAGACAACAUAAACGAAAAAUUAUCAUUUAUGUGGUCAUCGGGGAUAAAUUAUUAUAAGCACAAUCACAAAAAUGAAUCAAAAUGUGAUUAUGACGUAGGAUAUCUGAUGAGAAUUUACCGCGCAUUUAGCGAGAACUUGCUAAACAGUAGUAUCAAUGAUAACAUAAAUCAUACAUCAUGUUUGGUGGACAAUAAAAUAAACGAUUCUUUCGUAUGUUCGAUGCUUUGGAAUGAAACUGCGUCUGUGUUUGAUGAGAGUACUGAGAAUUCAAGUGCAGGCAAUGUGGAAGAUAAUGUCGCCUUAAACUUGGGUCUGGCGGUGCCUAUGGGGAUUGUUAUGUACCUGCUCAGUCUUGUAACAGUGGUGGGCAAUGCUAUGGUCCUGCAUGCCAUCAGAACAGAGCGUCGUCUCCAAACCGUGUCAAAUAUGUUCAUCAUGAGUUUGGCUGCUGCUGAUAUAACAGUGGGUGGCAUCGUCAUGCCCAUCAGCUCUGUGUACGCCAUCACCGGUCAAUGGGUGUUCGGUCUCGCCGUGUGCCAGUUCUGGCUGUCGGCCGACUACACUGCCUCCACGGCUUCCAUUCUGAACUUGUUCAUCCUGAGCAUGGACCGGUACUGGUCUAUCACGUCGCCACUGAGGUACUUGAGGCGUCGCACCAAGAAGAGAGCCAUUAUCAUGAUUGGUCUCGUGUGGAUCGGAUCUGCACUUUGGAUCUUGCCAAUCAUCGGCUGGCAUUACAUUGAGUCGGGAGGAAAACGCAUGUACCCGCCUACUGUGUGUGAAACAGAAUUUGCGAGCAAUGUUGCCUUCAAAGUAACUGCCGCUUGCCUCAACUUCUACAUCCCCACAUUGCUCAUGGUGUAUUUAUAUGGACGUAUAUACUUCGAGAUUAAGAAACGCAGCCGCUUCGACCUCGGACAGUGCAAUCACAGUAACAGAAUAGAAAUAGGCCCCGGUGUUGUGUGGGGCACUGAUUCCCUUGUAGACGAGCAACCUCCAAAUCUUUUACGAUCAAAGUCUAAGCCAUUUCGGAAGAAAAACGUCAUAGUUGGAGAGACGCACCAGUUCCGAAAUCUAACUGUGCUUUCAUAUAAAUCUGAAGGUACUCAGAGUGAAGGUUUUGUGCAUUUUGAAGGUGUUACGGUGAACGUGGAAUACGUGGAACUCACCACAACGACGAUGGAUGCAAAGUAUAAAGAUGGGAACCACAUCCGUGAGAAUUCUGCCGGCAGCCAAUAUCGACGCACUUUCGCACAUAAGAACACGACUAAAAGACGCAACAACGAUUCUGAUUCUGUAACUUUGCAGAAGGAAAAGAAAGCUGCCCGUCAACUGGGAGUCAUCAUGGCUGCGUUCGUCCUCUGUUGGCUACCGUACUUUGUUUUGUUCACGGUUAUAGCUUUCUGCAGUGACUGUGUCAAUCCACUCGUUCACACUGCUACCAUAUGGCUCGGGUACAUAAACUCCACGUUUAACCCUAUUCUCUAUCCUCUCUGUAACACAAACUUUAAAAGAGCCUUCAAGAAAAUGUUGGGAUUUGGUGGCAAAGAUCGAAAUGUUUUGAUGACAAUGGCGUCCCGGGGAGGAUACAGGCAGCCAAACUAAUUAUAACAAACAGCGAAUGAUCAAGAGUUUCACUGUAAUUAACAAAUGUGCCCAUGGCUGUCCCUUUUUAUUUUAAAUUUUAAAUUAUAUGAUGUUUAAAUGAUAAAGAACAAUAAUGUUUCGGUAAAACAGUCUCUGAGGAACUGCCGUAUAUAGAAACUGAAAUGGAAUUUCCUCACGAAAAACGACGAGUGAAAAGGAAGGAAGAACUAUGCUAUCAAUGAAACAAGAACACACAAAUUUAAUAACAAGACACAGUAGGCCAACAUAAUAGCAUUGACAACUUACUUCUGUAAUUAUCUGUGUGCAGUCGUGCAUGUCCAUUCAGCUGUAAUCGGAUUUUACUCACUGAAACACCGACGAUAAAUUGUAUCUAAAUAUGAUUGAUUUAUGAUAUAUAAUAAAAGCAUUAAAAUAUGAAGCACAGCGAUAAUGGCCUGAAACUCGUUACGAAUACAUUUAGGGACUACUAAAAAUCAGUAAAUAUAAAAAUUUAUAAUGAUAUAGGGCACAAAGUAAAGUCAUUUAAACUAACAGCUCAGUGGCUCUAAUCCUGCAUGAGAACAGCUUAGCUUGACAGGAAGAAGCAUAUGCCAGAUUACGGCUGGCGCCGUUCGCGCUUUAACCAUUACCGACUCGUAUUUGGUUAGUCCCAACUCAGCUUCAAAACUUCAAGCAACUUUCCCAACAAGCACAUAAGCAACGGGUGGCAAGUGCAUUUAUUCAAAACAAAUCAACAACUUUCUGAUAAUUUGAAAUAACUGGACCGUGGAAAAGUUAUUACCUCAGUGAAACCAAAGUCUCAGUGAUUCUAUUACGCACUGCCUGAAAAACUGGAAAAUAAGGGAACAACUUUAUAUGACAGUUCGUGUCAAUGAAACCAAAAGAGUAACUUUUAUAGAGAAAUAAUUAUCAAAAUAUAAGACAACUAGUCAAUAUACCAAUAUAACUAGUAAAUUAAUGUAAGUAGGCCCAUGUAUAAACAUAAUACGCACAGAAGACAUUUCAAAAUUUAACUCGUUCUUCAUUUCAUGUUUUAAGCAACCAGGCUCUUCCGACUCCACCUAUUCAUUCCGUGUUUUCCGAGGUCUUCUCUUUGGAUUAUCAUGUAGAAUGUGUUUCUGUAUUCUGCCAAACAUUUUUAUCUCUAAAUGGCUCCUUCACUUCUGUGUGCGUCUAAAUAUCACUUUCUCAUCUACUCGAACAGAGAAUAAAGGGGACAAUAUUAUUAGUUACUAUAGGAUUCUGACGAUGGUGUAUAACACACAGCCUCAAUCACUGGAUUGAGGCUAGCUCUU